UCAUAAUGGUGCUACCAAUACCCACAAAGCACAGGCUACGACAUUGGAUGGUUCUGGCCAGCAUCUUUGUGCUGUUAAGUCUAGGAUGGAAUAUACAAUCUUUAGUUUUUAAUUUCAGUUCUAAACAAGCCAUGACUACCUCACAUGACAUGACCAUCACGGUACUGAUUUGGCACUGGCCUUUCCACCAUCAACUGAACAUCUCAGGAGAUGUUUGUUUGGACCUCUAUAACAUAAAGAACUGCAGACUGACAGAUAAUAGGGACAUGCUGAACCAUAGUGAUGUGGUGGUCUUUCAUCAUAGGGAAUUAAAUGAGAAAGGCUAUCAUAUGCAUAUAUCUAGGAUCCCUGGACAAAUGUGGGUGUGGGCCACUCUAGAGUCUCCAUCCAACACCAAGAACAUUGGCAAAUGGAACAACACAUUCAACUGGACAUUGACUUACCGAGAAGAUUCAGAUAUCUUCGUACCUUACGGGCAUUUGGUUCCCAAUUUGCACAUGGAAUUUAAUACCUCUUACAAGACGGGCCUGCUGACCUGGGCUGUUAGUAACUAUCACCAAACUCAAGACCGAGCAUCAUUCUUCAAGAAUUUUUCACGCUACCUCACAGUGGAUGUGUACGGAAAAGCCAGUAACAAGCCUCUAUGUUCGCUGUGCCUUCUUCCCACUAUAUCCCGUUACUACUUCUACCUCGCCUUGGAGAAUUCCAUCCAUAAAGACUACAUCACUGAGAAACUUUGGAAAAACUCAUUCAUAGCUGGGGCGGUUCCUAUAGUGCUUGGCCCACCGCGUGAAAAUUAUGAGAAGUUCAUACCCGCAGACUCAUUUAUUCACGUCUCAGACUUUUCAUCAACCAAGGAUCUAGCUACAUUUUUAGGUUCCAUGACCCUAAAGCGUUAUGAACAAUACUUCCACUGGCGGCAAAUGUAUGGGGUAAAGAUUUACAAUGAUUGGAGGGAGAGAUUUUGUAUGAUCUGUUCCAGAUACCCUCAUCUGCCCAAGGACAAAGUCUAUUCCGAUUUGCAAGGCUGGUUUAUGGGCAACAGUUAACGUGCA